GCCGGGGCCGCGGCGAGCACCGCGCUCCGCGGCAGUCGCGACUGGAACUCGCGUGGAGCCUGUGGAACCUGUGGAACCUGUGGAGAAGAGGAGGCCGCACCGACUGCCGACUUCACAACGCCGCGCGCCCCACGAUGAACGGAGUGACGAGUAAGAUGGUGCUGGCGCUGGCCGUGGUGGUGCUGGGCCUGGCCGGCCCCGCCGCCAGCCACAAGUACUUCUACAGCGGCUCCUGCCCCCAGAUCGACAGCCUCAAGGACUUCGACAUGGCCAAGUUCCUCGGGGACUGGUACGUGAACCAGCAGACCUCGUCGUCGGCCAGGUGCCUCAUCAACAACUACGCGCUGAACCCGGACAAGCCCGGCACCUUCAAGCUGGAGCAGUCGAGCGUGCACCAGGUCUUGGGGCUCACUUCCAGGGACGGCCGCUGGAGGUACUACGGCGAGGUCGGACCUCGCGAAAACGCGACGGGGAAGGGUGACCUCCAGGUCAAGUACUCCCUCAACCCUGGCACCGCCAAGUACACCAUCCUGGCCACCGACUACGACAACUACGCCUCCAUCGUGUCCUGCCAGGACCUCCCCAUCGGCUACCGCAUCUCCUCCUCCAUUCUAUCCCGCAAGAGGACCCUCGACCCCAAGCUGCUCGAACAGGCACGCAACAUUCAAAGCAAGAAUGGCAUGGACAUCGAAAUACUGAACCCACUGCAGCAGGGCGAGGAGGAGUGCCAGCCCCCGAAGUCUGGCGAAGGUUUCCACGGGGCUGUCCAGCGUGCCGGUGACGUCAUCAACCAGGGCGUGCAGGCUGUCAAGGACGGAGCCAUCAAGCUGUACAACAAGGUCAGAGGAAAGGACGGAAGUGCUGAGAGUAUGGAGGCAGCCGCUGGAAACUACACCACCGUGCUUGGAGUCAACAAAGACGCUGAGUGGCUACCCUAGACGUGUCUUUUUUUUUGUUCAUCCUCUUUAAAAAGUAAGAAAUUAAUUGUAUAGACUGACAGAUUUUUAAAAGUGAAAUAAAGUACUUGUAAGUAAAGGCAAAGGGUGUGGAAAAAAAAAA